CCCAGAUCUUUUUCCUUUAGCUGAGCAACAGCCACACCAAAAAACAUGCCUGAGCAAAGCAAUGAUUACAGGGUUGUUGUGUUUGGAGCUGGAGGAGUGGGCAAAAGUUCUUUGGUCUUGAGAUUUGUGAAGGGCACUUUCAGAGAGAGCUACAUCCCUACCAUUGAAGACACCUAUCGGCAGGUGAUCAGCUGUGAUAAAAGCAUAUGUACUUUGCAGAUAACUGAUACUACAGGAAGCCAUCAAUUUCCCGCCAUGCAGCGUCUUUCUAUUUCUAAAGGACAUGCUUUCAUUUUGGUUUACUCGAUCACCAGUCAUCAGUCCUUGGAAGAAUUAAAACCAAUCUAUGAACAAAUAUGUCAGAUUAAAGGAGAUGUAGAAAGCAUUCCAAUAAUGCUGGUGGGGAACAAAAAUGAUGAGAAUCAAAAUCGAGAAGUGGACAGCAGUGAAGGAGAAGCCAUGGCUAAGAAGUGGAAAUGUGCUUUCAUGGAGACCUCUGCCAAGCUGAACCACAAUGUGAAAGAGUUGUUGCUGAACCUAGAGAAACGCAGGACUGUGAGUUUACAAAUCGACGGUAAAAAAAGCAAGCAGCAGAAAAGGAAAGAGAAACUGAAAGGAAAAUGUGUGGUGAUGUGAAAUUGUUGUCAGAAGUCAGCUAUGCAGUGUCACCUGCUUGAAAAUACCCAUGUAAAACCUAUAGACAGCAAACGGCCAUGCAAGACCAUAUUUAUUAGUACCUAUUUUAAAAGAAAUAUUUGGAAUUUGAAAAAAUUAGUUACUGUGGUUACUAUGAAAAAAGCCAACAAUUAAGAAAAUUAUGUACUGUAGCUAUGAGAAAGAAAAAAAAAA